UUUUUUUUAAAAAAAAAAAAUAGUGUGGAGCUUAUUUUUCUUCUACAUCGUUUCUUUCUCUCUCUUUUUUUCUUCUUUUUUUCUUCUUUUUUUUUGUAAAAUUUUGUUCAUUACAGAAAAUGACACUAGUUGAAAAUAAAGUAUUAUCAAGUGCAAAGUUUAUUGCAGAGCAUAGUAAAAACGUGUCUAUUCCUAAAGAAAACUUGGAGAAAGCAGCUAAAACAAUUUUGGAUAACAUUAAGAAAAAGCAUUAUAGCACUAAAACUUGGAAUGAACAUCCAUUGCAUCCUAAAAUAGCAAAUCGUAAUACUGUCGAUUGGAUAUUUCUUGUUGAUCUGCUUAACUUUUCAUUUUGGAGUGAUUUAGACGUAUCUGAUAAAAAAACUCCUCACCCAGACCGCUAUGCUAUUUAUUAUGGAGGUAAAAAAUACACAGGUUAUUGGUCAUUAUGUGCUGCUAUCAAUCGUGCACUUGAUAACCAAAUCCCAAUAACAAAUCCUGCUUUUUAUGGUAAUGAGGCUACUGAUAGAGAACUUGCCGAUAUUUUUAACUCUGAUACGAAAGAAGAAGCUCCGAUGCUUAACGAAAGAAUAAGAGUAAUGAGAGAAGCAGGCAAAGUCUUAUGUGAGAAAUUUGAUGGUUCGUUUGUAAAUUGUAUAAUUCAAGCCAAUCAUUCAGCUUCGAAAUUGUUAGAUAUCAUUGUUGACAAUUUUUCUUCUUUUAACGAUGUUCACGAUUUUCAUGGUAAAAAAGUUUACAUUUUGAAGAGAGCUCAAAUUUUAAUUGCCGAUUUAUGGGCUUGCUUCGAUGGACAAAGUUAUGGUCAAUUUGAUGAUAUAGACUCUAUUACUAUGUUUGCAGAUUAUAGAGUCCCUCAGGCAUUAUAUCAACUUGGUUUAUUAUCUUAUUCCCCAGCAUUAAUCGAUAAAUUACAUAACAGAGAAUAUUUCCCCUCAGGUAGUGAGGACGAAGUGGAGAUACGUGGAAAUUCGAUUUGGGCAGUAGAAUUAGUUCGCGAAAGAAUUAACCAAAUUGAACCCACUCUUCAUAUAAAUGCCAUUUUAAUUGAUUUUUAUAUUUGGGAUAUGGCAAAAGAAAUUCAAGAUCAAAUGACUGUACCAACUCACUGUACAAGAAGUUGUUUUUAUUAAUAAUCAUGGUGUACCUUGAUCCUUGUUCUUUUUAUUUUUUUUUUUUUUCAAAGAUCUGCUUUAUUAUGGACUUUCUACUAUUAUUGAAAAAAAAA